AUGGAACCUGAACCAAUUCCUGUCGAGGAGACCAUAUGUAUCCUCAACCGAAGCCAGAUGGCCGCCAGACAAGCAGUAUCUAAGGACUUGCCUGAAUUCUAUGGAAACCCCGAGGACUGGCCACUUUUCUUCUCGAUGUACACCUCAUCAACACAGAUGUGUGGCUUUUCCAAUGAAGAGAACAUGCUUCGUCUACGUAAGUGCCUAAAAGGAAAGGCACUGGAUGCUGUAAGAUGUCGGUUGCUACAUCCUUCCAACGUGUAUGGUGUCCUUACAACACUGAAGAUGCUCUACGGCAGGCCAGAAGCGAUCGUUCAAGCAGCGAUAAGGAAAAUUCGUUCAGUACCACCCCCGGAGAUCGAUCGUCUAGAGAGUCUGGUCAACUUUGCGCUCACUGUCGAAAAUUUAGUAGCAACGAUAGAAGCCUGUGGGAUACAGGACUUCGUGUACAACGCCUCACUCAAGCUCGAGUUGGUAGAUCGAUUACCGUCGAUGCUGAAGCUGGACUGGGCGAAAUACACUAGAGGCAAUCCGGCCACAAAUCUCGCGGACUUCAGUACCUGGUUAUACUCCAUGGCGGAGGAUGCAAGCGCAGUCAUGCAGACGUCCAUCAACGCUCCACGAAGUCGAGUCAACAAGAAAGAUGGAUUCAUCAACGUCCACACCGAAACUAGCAACGAUCGAUCCGGAUUCUCUGCAGCUCCAGCUAAAGAUACGCGUACCCAAUCGAGAGAUUCUCCAAAGGAAUGCCUUGUAUGCAAAGGUUCUUGUCCGUCACUUGCUAAGUGCAAAAGGUUCGUCGAGCUGAGCUACGAGUCGAAGUGGGCAGUAAUACGGGAAGCAAAGCUGUGCCGUAAGUGUCUUCGCAAACACAACGGCACCUGCAGACAGCAAAGCAAAUGUGGAGUUAGAGAAUGUACCUACCUGCACCACCCUUUGCUUCACUCCGAGAGAACCGAAGCCUCCAGAAACGGCUCCCGGGUGGAAGCUGCUACGAACACCAGUUGUAACGUUCAUCAAGCGCAGACAAACGACGUGCUAUUCCGGAUUGUUCCAGUUGUGCUCCACGGUCCGUCGAAGAUGAUUCAGACGUACGCUUUCAUCGAUGAUGGGUCCGAGCUAACCCUCAUGGAGCAUUCUCUUGCACAGGAGCUUGGGUUACAAGGACCAAACAAAGCACUCUGUUUGAAAUGGACAGGUGGUAGCAGAAGAAUGGAGAACGAAUCUCAAAAGGUAGAGGUGGUCAUCUCUUCUGUGAGAAAUACAUCCCAAAAGUACAAACUGGCGGAUGUUCGGACUAUACAUGAGCUGAAACUCCGGCCACAAACCCUGAUAGCUUCGGAAAUGCAGAGUCAGUAUAAUCAUCUCACUGGAAUCCCCUUCGAUUCCUACACUGAAGUAAGUCCGCGAAUCCUGAUUGGACUGGAUAACGCGCAACUUGGGCAUGCGUUCAAGAGUCGCGAAGGAAAACCAUCCGAACCGAUUGCCGUCAAAACCCGUCUAGGAUGGAUCGUGUACGGGAGCUGUUCGUCCAAUCAUCUCGGAAAUCAUGUAAACUACCACGCUGUACAAGCGUGCGAGUGCAACGAAGGUUCUGACGAAAGUCUCCAUGCAGCAAUGAAAAACUACUUCACUCUCGAUAGCAUGGGCAUCUCUAAGCCUGACAAGUUACCGCUCUCCGUAGACGACCAGCGUGCUAUGGACAUUCUGGAAGUGGUGACACUACCCAAGGACGGCCGCUAUGAAUCAGGCCUUCUUUGGAAGUAUGACGCAGUGCGGCUUCCCGAUAGUAAAGCUAUGGCUCUCAGGAGAUGGGAGUGUUUAGAGCGGCGGAUGAAGAAGGACGAAGGAUUGGCGGAGGCACUACGUGCAAAAAUGGCCGAGUACGUCCAGAAAGGGUAUGUCCGGAAACUGAGCGGAGAUGAACUGAGGCAUCGUCAACCGCGUGAGUGGUAUCUGCCAGUGUUUCCGGUCUAUAAUCCCAACAAGCCAGGAAAAUUGAGGUUGGUUUGGGAUGCAGCAGCUACCGUCCAAGGAAUCUCCUUGAACUCGGUUUUACUGAAAGGACCCGAUCAAUUGAUGUCUCUACUGUUAGUCUUGAUUCAGUUCCGGGAGUUUCGAGUCGCGGUAUGCGGGGACCUACGAGAAAUGUUCCACCAGGUGUUGAUGAGGGAGGAAGACCAGCAUUGCCUGCGAUUCUACUGGAAGGAAGAUGCGGAGGAUGGUGCGCCGGAUGUGUAUGUUAUGAAAGUGAUGACAUUUGGCGCCUGCUGUUCGCCUACGACAGCCCAGUAUGUUAAAAAUAUCAAUGCGAAACGAUUCGAACACGAGUGCCCGCAAGCCGUCGAUGCCAUUGUGAGGAAGCAUUAUGUUGACGACAUGCUUGCCAGCGUCGAAACGGAGGAAGAAGCUGUAAAGCUGGCACAGGACGUGAAACGCAUCCAUGCCGCAGGAGGUUUCGAAAUGCGAAAUUGGCUGUCCAAUUCAUCGACCGUGUCUCCAAGGUACGACCAGGACCUGCUGUCCGGGGACCGUCGACCAACUAAACGUGAGGUGCUUCGAACGCUUAUGAUGAUGUUCGACCCGCUUGGCUUCAUUACGCACUUUCUCAUGUACCUGAAAGUACUGCUGCAGGAGAUUUGGAGAUCCUCGGUUGAUUGGGACACCCCCAUUGAAGAACCACAGUUCCAGAAGUGGCUGACAUGGUUGAAGGUUCUGCCGGAGGUAACCAACGUCCAGAUUCCACGGUGUUAUAGAGCGUCUGUGUCACUAGGAAGCAACUGCAAAGUUCAAAUGCACACGUUCGUUGACGCAAGUGAGAACGGCUUCGCAGCGGUAGUGUAUCUCAGGUUUGAAGAAGGAGACGCAAUUGAAACCGCGUUCGUGAGUGCAAAAACGAGAGUUGCCCCGUUGAAAUUCCUUUCCAUACCCCGCUCCGAGCUUCAAGCCAGUGUCCUCGGAGUUCGCUUAGCGAAAAGCGUCGCCCAGUCACUAUCCGUUAGGGUGUCAGAACGCUUUUUCUGGACAGACUCCAGAGACGUUCUAUGCUGGCUGAACUCUGAUCACAGAAGAUACAGCCAGUUCGUAGCAUUUCGGGUGAGCGAGAUACUGGAAACGACUGAUGUGAAGGAGUGGCGAUGGGUUCCCACGAAGCUGAACGUGGCCGACGAAGGAACCAAAUGGACCCGCCAUCCUGAUCUCACCGCCUCCAGCCGCUGGUUUCAAGGACCGGAAUUCCUGAGGCAGUCUAAAGCAGAAUGGCCGUCUGGCCUGCGAUGUGGAAUGACGGAUGUGGAACUUCUGGCCUGCGAUGUGGAAUGA